GAUGAUAAGGCCAAGUGGGACAAGGUACUGGGCUAUCUAGAGGUGUUGAGCAAGGCCUGGAUGGAAGAGCGCCAGGCAAGUUGGAGCCAAGAUGUAGCCUUGAGUGCCAUGCGGUCAGGGUUUAGAGACUUUGCGCGCGAGAUCAUCACCCAUAUUGGGGGCGAAGUCAAACAGUUGAGAGACAAUGUAGGGAAGUUUUGUGAGGGCGCCAUUCAGGGUGCCAAAGCUGUAGCCGCCGCAGAGGGAGAGGCCAGGCCCCGUAAGUACCUAGUGAAGCUUAAGUUUCCGGAUGCGUACGGGGGAAAGAAGGAAGAAAACUUUGACAACUGGGAAGCYAGUGUCAAUAGUUAUAUUUACUUGCAGCAUAUCCUGGCCGAGGAACAAGUCCUUGUGGUCUUCCAGGCCCUCAAAGAUGAAGCGGCUAGCUUCGCCAGGUCUCUUGCGCGUACAGCUGGUUGUGAAAACAACCUGGUUGCGUAUUCCAAAGUUACUCCUCUUUCUCAAUUCCUCAAGCUCCUCAAGGAGCGGUUCGCUGACCCAACGCGAGGCAUUAGAGCCUCUGAUAAGCUCCAAACGAUCCACUCCCGGCAGUGGAGGAGUGCCAAGGCACUCAAGGGUACUAUGGACGACUUGGUAGUGGUCCCGGACCACGGGGUCACCGAGCCCCAGUUGGUCCAGUUGUUUUAUCGUGCCAUUCCAGAGGCCCUACGUGGGCAUUUCUUUGACAAAUCUCAACAGGCCGGCAUGACUUACGAUGCAUUGAGUAGAGAAGGCGUCCUGUAUGAGUCGAAGUCUAUGCCAGUUACCACUUUCUGGCAUAAGGACCUGGAGAAGGGGAAAAAGUGGAAAGAUCGUACCAUCUCGGGCCAAGUCAAGGCCAAGGAUCACUUGAUCCUGACAUUAGAGGAGGGUGGUACAGAAGAGGUCCCAUAUGAUCAAAUUGAGUGGGGCCUAGGGGAGGAGUACAGUAGUGUAGGGCAGGGGAGGUCUUACGCUGCUGUCGCGGCUGGAGGGAGGCCGCAAAUUCCUAAGACCGGGGACCGGCGAAGAACGUAAUUGAAGGGUCUCGCUCGAAGCCGG